CACCCAAAAUGAAAUAUUGUCUACUAGCGCUGAGUUUCGCUGCCUGUCUCGGGGUAGCAAUCACUGUAGAAUUUUAUGGAACCGGGGAGUGUAGCGACUGCUCAAUUGUCGAUGACGACGGAUGCUCCCCAACGAUAUCUCUAAGUCCUCCUAUACGAUUCUUCGGAGAAUGCUAUUCCUAUUGUACUGUAAGUGCCAACGGAAUACUGGAGUUCCGUCAUGAGCCUAGUGCAGCUGAUUGCAGCGAUAUACUAAAUCACGUAGAAAACACAACAGGGAACCAUACUAUCAUCGCCGUGUUCUACGGGGACGUCGAUGUAGAAGGCGUUGGAGGCGGCAGCAUAAGUUACAGUCAACCUGUUGUGACGGACGGAAAUUCUCUGGAAAGAGCAAAGCAGCAGAUCCAAAACUUGACACAGUAUAAGAGCUUUGAACCAACAUAUCUCAUUGUGGGAACAUGGGACAGAGUCGGAUAUUAUGAAAGGAAAAAUGAUUCGGUAAUUGCAUGAGAUAGCUACCCUUGCAUCAUGAGACGUUAACAGCUUUUUACCAUUAUUGCUAAAA